AUGUCGGUUACAUCACCAGGUAGUGAUUUAGAUCCUUGGUCAAAUCUGAUGGGUUUCCAGUUUGGGUUUAACCCAUCGGCACAAACCCCUAAUUUAAACCCUAAUGUUGAUGAUAAAUCGUUGGAUCAUUAUACGGACAAGCAACUAGAAGACUUUAUGUUGAAAAAAUUGGAACUUUUCUAUAAUGAGACUAUUUCUAAGCUUGAUUCAUUAGGUUAUAAUGAGAAUUUUGUUUUAGAAGCUGUAUUGAGAAAUGGUCAUUUCCAAGGGAACAUGGAUCCAUUAACUAACAUGUUGGAUAACACCCAACUAUAUCUCAGUACUAGGGAUAGUGGGUGCAAGGAUAAACUAGCUAGUGAAUGCCAAGAAGGUGUUUGCUAA